AUGUAUGCGCUCGCGUCCGUUGCGGCAGCUACCUUGCUGUUGUCCUCCGCCUCCGCCUCUGCCGUGCCGAACGGUCCUCUGAGCCCAAGGGAAACUGAUUCCGCUCUUGCGCCAUGGGUGACGGUCGGCGACGAUGGCAAGCCGAGCACCGUCACCCCGGUCCUGAGCACCGUUGACGGCACCACCACCAUCGUAUCCGGCGCUCCGCACGACCUCACAGCCACCGUCUUCACCACCACGAGCUACGGCAAGGUCGAGACGAGCACCGGCACCGCCCCCCUCGCCACCGCGACUGGUGGAGAGGCGGGCUCGUUCCCCAUCUGCCACAACCUGGAUGGCGACGAUGCUCCGUGGUGCCAGCCGACUGACGCCCAACAGCUCUUCGUAGGCACUACCUACUACUUCCUCUGGGAUGCCGACUACUUUACCGAACCGAAUACCACCGUCCAAGUCGUCGGCAACUUUGUCAACAUGACCACGGGCGAGACUAUCGAGCAGGCUUUCACAUCCCCCAACACCGCCGCGUCCUGGGGCUUCUGGAGCCUGAAAAUCGACUCUUCGCUGUUGAGGCACCAAUCCGCCUAUAAUAUCACAAUGACGCUCGCGAGUCUGCCGUCAGCCGGCAAUAAGGCCACUAUAAAGCAGGGCCCCAAGGUCGAGGUCACCACCCGCCCUGGCCCAACGCCAAACUCGGGGUCCAAGGCGAACGCCGCUGCAUUGUACAUCGCCCUACCGACAGUCCUGGGCUUCAUCCUGCUGUGUCUCUUCGGGACCUACCUCUGGAACCGCAAAACCCGCAAGAUUGAGCUUGGAAGCAUCAUGGGCCGCGGACGACGCGGUUACGGCGUGGGAAAGAGCUCGCGGUCUCGGAUGGGUCUGGGCAAGAAGAACAAGGCAAGCGAACGUGUUGAGUUGAUGGAGCGCGAGGUCGAGGCCGACGGCGGCGAGCUGUAUCGUGAUGCCCCUGCGCGUCCCAGACGCGAUAGCGAUGCGCUGGGUAGCUUGGCUGGGACGCCGACCGAUGACAGGCGUAUGGACUUCCAGCGUCCAUCCACGAGGGAGGGCGGGGACGGAAACCUCUUCCGAGACGAGAUGAGGAGGCAGAACGGCGAGAGGCUCUAG